GGUUUCUGGCCGGCAGGUACUUCCCCCAGAAAGGGGGACCCGCCUGCCCCAGAUCGUCGCGCCGGUUUUUAUCACCCUCAUUUCGCCCUCUUCAGCGCUUGUCGGCUUUCCCAUUCUCUUCGCACGAAGAAACCGUCGUUCUUUACAGAGUCUCGCGCUCGAUCCAUUCGUUUCUCAACACUCUUCGGCCUUUAGCCCUACAGCUGCCGUCCCGCCGACUAUCCUACGGCCUUUUACGAUCUCGAAAAACAUCAAUUGAGUUCGCGCUCCUAAUCCACAAUGCUCGUCAAAUCCGUCGCCGCUUUUGCGGCCCUCACCUUCGCGGCCAGCGUCGCUGCUGAGCCGAGGCCCUACAAGCCUACCCUGAUGAAGACCUCGGUCCGCGACCUGUUCGGCGUCGUCCGCCGGCAGGAUGGCUCGGGCUACCAACCGGAACAGGCGAUGUGCGGUGAGGGAGCCACCUGCGCGGAGGCUUGCGGCGCCGGCUACACGACCUGCUCUUCGGGCGACAACCAGGUCCACUGCUUCAACCCGACCGCCGGCGAGAUUUGCUGCCCUAACAAGUCUGGCAACUCGUGCGACGCUGGUUACUACUGCACGUCCGACAAGGAAGGCGAGACAUGGUGCUGCCCCGAGGGCUUGGAUCUCACUGCCUGCGCGGCCGCGUACAGCGUGACCGGCGGCCUGGUCUCGCAGACGCCCGCUCCCACUUCCACCUCGACCAGCAGCUCCAGCAGCUCGACCGUGCCGCCGACCACCACGUCGACGUCGACCUCAUCGUCGACGACGUCCACUUCGUCGACCAUCGCCAGCAACUCCACCACCUCAGUGCUGAGCACGUCCUCGGCUCCCCUCACCACUGCCAUCACCAUCACCUCGAGCCCGUCGCUCCUUCCCAGCUCGAGCCUCGCGCCGCCCUCCCUCAACACCACGUCGCUUUCGACCGUCGUGUCCCCGAAGCCGACGCAAUCCAACAUCGCCGAGGGCGCCGGUAGCGUCGUCGGCCCUGCGUCUGCGCUGCUCUUCCUCGUGGCGGGUGUUGCUGCCCUUCUCUGAGCUCAUAACGGCAUCAUAUCCUUGGGGGGGUGAAGGUUGGCUGGCAUCGGCACGGAAUCAGGCCGGACC